AAUAAUAAUAGAAAUAGAAAUAAUAAAAUAACAACAGUAAUAGAAAUAAUAAUAGAAACAACAACAACAACAAUAAUAAUAAUAGAAAUAGAAAUAACAAAUGCCCCCAUAGCAGUGCAGAGGCUCCCAUAGCAAUUGAGAGUGGAGCGCAAGGCGCGCGUCCCCUUUAAAAGUGGGCGUGGCUUCCAGGCCCUCCGAGCGGGGCGUGGCUUCCCCGGGCGGAGUGGGCGUGUCCCUGUGUUCCCACGUGACCCGGGCGCUGGUGCUGCUGCCUUUUAGCGGCGCUUUGGCUCUCAGUCGGAGCGGAGUGGGGCCUUGGCGGGUGGAAGAACCGGAGUGGCUCCGCUUUGCGUUCACACGAUGCCCGGGAACGAGGAAAAGGAGCAGGAACCGGACCCCUCCCCCGUGUGAAGGCUCCCUUGGGGCCAGAGAGGCAAUACGGACCAGCGGUCACAUCCGCCUCAGCCAGGUUUCAUAGCAACCUCUCCUCUUUUCCAGCCCGACCUUCUGGCACCUUCCAUUAAAGGCCUGGAUGUCAACUGUGAGCAGCGGCUGGAGGAAGGUCAAUUGAUGAGCCGGCCCCGGAGAUCUAUAAAUAGGUGACAGGCGAGACUCAGGAUGGGACAGAAGGUGACAGGUGGCAUAAAGACGGUGGAUAUGAGGGACCCGGCUUACCGGCCACUGAAGCAUGCGCUUCAGGGCUUGGACUACUGCAAGCCGGCCCGAUUGGAUCUGCUCCUGGAUAUGCCGGCUGUUUCCUACGAGGUCCAACUGAUGCAUUCUUGGAACAACGACGACCGGUCACUCAACGUCUUCGUGAAGGAGGAGGACAAGCUCAUCUUUCACCGGCAUCCGGUGGCCCAAAGCACAGACGCUAUCCGAGGGAAAGUCGGUUACACACGGGGCCUCCACGUCUGGCAGAUCACAUGGGCAAUGAGGCAGCGGGGCACACAUGCCGUGGUUGGAGUGGCCACGGCCGAUGCCCCCUUGCACUCAGUGGGCUACACCACCCUCGUGGGGAACAACCACGAAUCCUGGGGCUGGGACCUUGGGCGGAAUCGGCUCUACCACGAUGGGAAAAACCAGCCCAGUAAAACCUACCCAGCUUUCCUGGAGUCUGAUGAAACCUUUAUUGUGCCGGACUCCUUCCUGGUGGUGUUGGACAUGGACGAUGGGACGCUGAGUUUCAUUGUGGAUGGGCAGUAUAUGGGGGUUGCUUUCCGGGGACUGAAAGGGAAAAAACUCUACCCGGUGGUGAGUGCUGUGUGGGGCCACUGUGAAAUUCGGAUGCGUUACUUGAAUGGGCUUGACCCUGAACCUUUGCCUCUGAUGGACCUCUGCCGGCGAUCUGUGCGACUCGCUCUGGGCAAGGAUCGGUUGAAUGAGAUCCACAAACUGCCGCUGCCGGAAUCCCUCAAGAGCUACCUUCUCUACCAAUGACCUCCAUUUUGUGGCCGGACGACUCUCUUUGUCAAGAAGCAAAAUGAAGAGGCAGCCGGAAAGGAGCAUUCCUUUUUGGCAUCUCUGGACAGGGAUUCCCAUUGCUUCUCCACAUAUGCACCGUCCCUACACACCCUUUUCUGAAUUGUCUUUGUUUUGCUACCGAAGAUUCCAGCCCAAGAGCAAUGCCUUGUUUCUCCCCGUGCCAAAUGAGUCACUCCCCAUCUGGUUUAGCCACCUUUUGUUUUCCAUCGAUCUCUGGGAGAUCCCAGCUCUCCGAUUCUUCUGCCAGACAGACCCAAGCUCUUGACACUACCACUUUGCCCAGGUCUGUUAAGGAUCAAAUCGUUUGGAAAAGGAGAAGUUGAAGCUGUGGAGUACGAUGCAAGGUGCUACAGAUGGAGCGUGAGGUGGCCUGCCACGAUCCUAAGGAUGACGGAAUUCGUACCCCAUACCCCCUCCAGCACUUCGGCACCAAAAAGAUCACUCCCUGUGGACUCAUAGUUAGACUAUAUUGGAAUAAGGAGCCAUUGUGGAUGUCAAAGGGCUAUGCUUGAUAUCCAAAAUGGGCAAUGUCUUCUCGGUGUGGGUGCCCCGUGAACCAUCGCCACCCACCUGAGGCCGAGAGACGACUUGGAUGCUCAAAAUAACUCAUCUUUCUGAGUAUUCACUUGAAUCUGUAGCUCGGAGGUUGGGGCAACAAGAAUGGGAGGAAUAAUUUGGAGGGGGGCUUAGAAUGGCACAAAGACCCUGCUUGUGAGUAAGGAAUUUAGGGAAUUCCUAAAAUCUCAGGGAAUUUGCUCUCCUGGACUGACUUUGUGUUACGUUCUCCGGCAUACACCCUUCUGAAUGUGCUAGACUGUAACUCUCACCAUUGCUAUCUGGGGGGAUAUGAUGGAGCUUUGAGUCAAAAGAGGAGACAGUCAGCCUUAAACCCCAAAUGUAGUAACACCUUUUGUAGUGGUCUUGGGAGUUGCAGUUAUAGGGAUGGAACAUGGGUAUUAGCAGGUAACCAACUGAGGCUGUAUUCCCUGCCUCACUGACCAGACCCCCAGAUUCACGUGUCCCUCCAGAUGUUGUUGGAUUGUGCCUCCCAGUAUUCCUGACCAUUGGUUCUGCUGGUGAGAACUGCUGGGCUUUGCAGUCCUUCAGCAUCUCGGUGGCUGCAUUAUCCCUGCCCUUAGCCACAGGUUUCCAUUUCCCGUCCUCUUGUGCCCAACCGAGAUUGAAGCCUUGGAAAGCGUUGCCAGAUUGAAAACUGGAGAGUGCUCCUAUGCUUCCCACUGUAGAAGAGGGAAGUUCAGCCAGUGCUACUUGUUACCUAGUGUGACAAGCAACCCUGGCUGAAAGUCUCUCUCCUGUACAACUAUUUAAGGCCUGGAAAACCCUCUUCUGUUUGCAGCCCGGCAAACCUAGCCAUAGAGAAUCAUGGGGUUGGAUUGCAGCUCCCAGCCAGCAUGGCAAGGGAAGGUUGGGAGUUGCGAUCCCAACAACAUCUGGAUGCCACAUCAUUUCCAUCUUCUGAAAUGUGCUCAAGAGGGUCCCUGACCCUUGGCUUGCAAUUUCCCAGGAAUUACUCACUCUCUUUACUUUUUGAGCUUGCAGAGAGCAAUGUCCUCUUAGAAACUCCCCUCCGUUGGGUACAACAGUUAGAAAGGUUGUUUUUGAAUCCUAGAGGGCUUGAUCCAAGAAGGUACCACAAAGGUUACUCUGGGAGAGCAAAUUCUCCCCUAUCCAAGCAGUUGGGGCUAUAUUAUCUCAGCCAAGUUAUCAAGCUUCUAAGCUCCUUCACCGAAAGGUAUAUUUUUGCACAUAUUUUCCUUAUGGGGAGAGGGAAGCACCGUCGUCUCUUCUCUUCGUCUCACCAGAUUUGUGUCGGGUGUGUACUCCUUUUUUUAAAAUGCAACAAAACCUUCUGUAUAGGUACAAAAAUUAGCUUGUUUGUUAGGAAAUGUUAAUAUAUUAUAUAUAUAUUUUGCAUUUUUGUAUGUAAGAGGAUUGUCUUUGGGUUUAUGUUUUUAAGAAAUGCUGCUGUAGGAAAUUAUUAUUAUUAUUAUUAUUUUUCUUUCUUUCUUUUAAAUGAAGAAAUUUGCCUAGGGUUUGUUGUUGUUUUUUAAAGCACACAAUCGGUGCCAAGUUCGGAUUUAGGGAGAAGACCGCGACCUGCCUCCUUUUUUAAAAGCUGUUAGACGCGGGACACUUUGAAAUUGCACAAAGGAUUUUAAACGUGGACAAAGCUGGACUUGUUUCUCUUUUUAUAUCUCUCUCUAUCUCUUUCAGUCCUACUUGUAUCUCUUCCACUGACACCGGGAAUGGGCCGUAUGUCCUCCAUUUUGUGUUUCCCUGCAGCCAUCUUGACAUCCUUCCUUCCUCUCCCCUCCGGUUUCCACCCUUUGGUUGCGUAGCUUUUAAAACCUUUCACUACCUUUCCCCUCACUAUUGAUUAUAGAUGAUCAGUAAUCAAUUUUUUAAAAAAUAAAAGUUUAUUAAAUACUG